CCAGCUUCUGGGAUGCACUGCUGCCUGUGGUGUGUGCUUGCUGGGCCAGGCAGGAGAGUUCCCCGGAGCCCAGCAGCCUUAGCAGCUGGUCCCGCUUCUUCCCAAGAGCAUCUUCUGCAGGCAGGUCCAUGUCCCUUCCCUCUGGGCUCAGGCAUGUCGUGAGGUGCCGUGCUGUGUGGGCCGUGGCCAGUGCUGCUCAGCCAGGCGCCGUGAUUCCCUGCUCGGAGAGGAAGUAUCGGUGCUAUGCUGCAAUGGCCCGUUACGUCAGCCAGUGUCAACAUGCAGGCAUGGGGCAAGCCAGGCCCCCAGCCUCUCACAGGCUCUGCAAAGCCCCUGAGCCCAGGGGAGCCAUGGCCAGAAGCAGGAGCCAGAGGCAAAGCCCAGCCCUCAUCAUGCGGGGCUGGGCCCAGUGGCACCUGCCGAAGGCCUGGGGUUCUGAGGGGCAGCUGUGCUGGCCCCUGGGUGGUGGCUCACCUCACACGAGUUGCUCUGGGCUGGAAGGGCCCUGAGGCACUGGCUGACCCUCUGCUGCGGGCCAGCCCAGUGUGGUUGCUGGCUGCGGAGGAGUUGGGCGGCGGGGCACCGUCUCCAGGCUUGACUGUCUGAACCCAGCAGCCUCAUGCAGGCUGCCGCUGUCUCUGCCAUGCUCGUUCUGACCCAUUGGUCUCCCUGGGGGACGUUGCUCCCCCACGCUGCCUGCCCCACACACCACAAAGGGGAAGUUACUGAGAAAGGAAGUCUCCCCGCACACUCACUCCGCUGCAGCGGCCACCACUCCCCAUUACUGGCACCGCUGCCUUCUGCACACAGCCCUGCCAGGUCGGCUGGGCCCAUGGAGACCCCCGUGAAGGCCGGGAUCCUCUAUGUCCAGCACUUGAAAUUUGGAAAGAAGUCCUGGAGGAAGGUGUGGGCGCAGCUCUUUGCCACCAACCCCUGUGGCAUUGCCCGGCUGGAGACAUGCGAAGUGCGGGACGAUGGCUCUGGGCCAGAAAAGGCAUCCCUGCGGAGGUGUGAGCGCCGGGUCAUCCGGCUCGCAGACUGCGUUUCUGUGGGGCCCGCUGAUGCCCACAGCUGCCCCAAGGAUACGGCUGCCUUCUGCCUGAACACCAUGGAGAAGAGCUACGUGCUGGCAGCCGAGCAGCGGGACGGGUGGAUAGCACAGCUCUGCCAGCUGGCCUUCCAGUGCACUAACGAGCCAGCACCUGGCAGCACCAGGGACCCCCCUGGACCCGAUCUCCACGUGGAGGAAAACACCCUCUACUCAUCCUGGCAGGACUUGAACGAGUUCCUGGUGCUGGUGCACAAGACGGAUGCCUCUGCCAGGUGUGGCCUGAGUGGGCACUAUCUGCUGGCUGCCUUGCCCAAGGGACUUGUGCUGAAGACCCCCCAGUCCCGCCAGUCCCUCCUCACCUGGCCCUACCCCUUCCUGCGCAAAUUUGGCCAUGACAAGGCCCUGUUCUCCUUCGAGGCUGGCCGCCGCUGCGACUCAGGUGAGGGCAUCUUCACCUUGGCCACCAGCCGGGCCACUGAGCUGUGCAACCUCGUCUCCGCAGCCAUCGCCCGCCAGAGCAGCAGCCUUCUGGGCAGGAGCAGCCCCCAAGCGCCGGAGCCUCUGGGCUCCAGGCAGGGAAUGGAGCCCAGGCUGUGGAGCUCCCAGAGCCUGGAGGAAGCACUGCCGCCCUGGGCCCUGGAGGGUGCAGGGAGGCCAUCCCUCCCUGUGGGGCUUUGUCCAGAGAGCGGACAGGCCCUGCCCUGCACCCUGGAGUCGGGGGGCUGUGCAGGGACAGGAGCUGAGCCCCCCAUCGUCUAUGCCUCCAUCCACAGAGGCCUGCAGCCCCUGCUCGAGCCCUGGGGAGAGGCCAAGAUGGAGCAGGGAGUGGCCAGGGCAUUCUGUGGGCAGGGGCUCCGGGUUUCGGAGCAUCUCUAUGAGAACCUCUACACGCUGGGCCGCUCCUGCUCCGUUGAGGGGGAGGGGUCCUCAUUCCUGGGCUCCAGGGGCUCCCCGGAAGGGAGCAGCACCGACCUGGCCCCCAUCUACGACAACAGCUGCAUGGUGUCCAAGCGCUGGAGCAGCCCCCUGGCUCCCAGCACAGGGCCCAGCCCCUCCCUGGAGGCCCAGUACAAGCAGCUGCUGGACCAGGAGGGGCAGGAGCGAGGCGAGGAGGGGGAGGAGGAUGCUCUAGUCAGUUCCCUCCCUAGGGCCACAGUUAACAGUGGCUUCAGGAAGCUAGUCACCCUCCUAAGCCACAAUGUAGCCCCCAAGGUGCCUGGCAAGAGCUCCAGCACCCUGGACAGGGCCUAGCCCCCCUGCUGGGCAGCUUCGGGCACAGGCUGGCGGUGAGGGUGGCAUGCAGCCUGCAGCUCCCCCUACACUGAGAUUCACCCUAGCCCUGAUCACACGGCUGGGUCAGCCAAGGCCAGCCCCUAGCUCUCCCCUGCCCUGCCUGAGCCCAAACCCCGGGAGAGAAGCUGGCCCAGGACUCCUGGGUUACUCGGGCAGGUGCCUGGGUGAAGCUCAGUCAUUCCAGCGGGAUGGUGGCUGCUCCCAAGCCUGGCAUAGGCUGACUUUGCCCUUGGCACCUGGGCCCCUCUGCAGGGACAGGGACAGAUUCUGCCCAGACCUGACCUUCCCCUUUGAAGGUGGGGGAGGGAGGGACUGAGCCAGCGUGGCCUCAUGGCCCUAUGCUGAGGGCAUUGUCAGGGCCUGGGGCUCUGUCGGGUGAAUGGGCAGUGCCCGGUGGGUAAUGGGGAGGGGUGACCCUGCCAGGAGGGUGGCCACAUGGCAGCUGCCUGGCACAGACUCCCCAGCCGUGCUCAAACGGCAGGGGAAGGUCGGAGUGUAGCUGGGGGCAACACUGGCGGGAGCAGUCGGGAGGCAGCCUGGGCUCCCUGUUCUAAUUGCUCCACUGCCCACAGCUAGCAGCCAGUGCACCCCAGGUGAGCUAGGAGCAGGCAGGCGGUGCUGGCGCUAACACUGCAGGGGAGAGUGGCCACCAGGGGCAGCCCAAUGUCCCGUCCCACCCUGGGUCCUGUCGGCUGCCAGGGGCCAGCGCCGGGCACUUCAGAGGGAGUGAACAGAACAGGGUGAGUGUGAGCAAUUCGUACCCUGGAUUCCAGCCCCAGGUGCUGGCAGUCAGAGGUUAGGGCACCUGGAGAGUGGGGUUGUGUCCCUGCCCAUCCUGGCUAACAGCCUUCAAUGGACCUGUCUGCCAUGAAUUUACCUAGUUCUUUUUUCAACCCUGGUAUAGUUUUGGCCUUCACAACAUCCUCUGGCAAAGAGUUCCCCAGGCUGACUGUGCGUUGUGUGAAUAAGUACUUCCUUUUGUUUGUUUUAAACUUACUGCCUGUAUGAGAAGUAAAUAACACGUCCCUAGUCACUCUCUCCACCCCAGCCAUCAUUUAUGGACCUCUCUCCUCUCCCCCUGAGUCCUCUCUUUUCCAAGCUAUGCAGUACCAGUCUUAUUAACCUCUCCCAUGGCAGCUGUUCCAGAUCCACAGAGGAGGUGUCCUGGGUGCCUCUGGCUGACUCCUUGCAGAGGAUGGGCCCCGGCCUUCAGUUGCCAGGAUACAGAGUGUCGGCCAUUGUCUGGGUCUAGGCAGCAUGACCCCUGCCCUCUGGGGUCUCUGUAAGGAUCACACACCAUUGUCCCAGCACUGAGAUACUUGUGCAACACAGAGGGGAAACUGAGGCACACACCAUGUUCAUACAAAACAUUAAAAAAGCUUCCCCUU